CAAGUGAGGAGCUGCCACCCGGGAGGAAAGCGGCGAACGGAGCCGGCUGCAACUAUUUAAGCUGCCAUCUUCCCUCUUCCUCCAUCCAUCCAUCAACAAUCCCCCAACUUCCAUCAAUCAUCCAUCAGUCACCCAUCAUCCAUCGUCCAUCGUCCAUCGUCCAUCGGUCCAUUCAUCGAUUCAUCGUCCAUCGAUCGUCUAUUGCAUCUCGUUACUCCAUCUACUCCAUCUCGUUUCCCCAUCGCCAUCCUAGCCCCACCAUGAAGACCACCUACAUCCUCCUCGCCUUGACCUCUGCCGCAAUCACCAUGGCCGCCAAAAAAGGGGAUGAUCUAAACGUCAAAGCCAUCAGGGCUUGGGUUGCUCUCAGGGAAGUCGCAGAUGCCCCUGGUGGCGACGAACUCCGGACUCUACGGCAGGCGGCGGAAGUGAAGGACAGAUUGUUCCAUGCGCAUCAGAAGAUCUCUUCCAUUUUCACCUAUCACGAGUCCCUCAACUAUCACAAAAGCAUAGUGGAAUCCGCGCUUGAGGCCAUCGCGGAUUUCGCGUGUGAUGCCGGGAUGAACGGUGACGAGGCCAUCAAGAACGAGUUCAAGACAGUCAAGCGAAUCAGUUCUUUGGGAGGCCUCCCGGCAUCCAUUUUUUCUCUUGUACAUUGUGAGCCUAAAGGGGAUGGGCCCCCCUGCCUGGAAGGAGCCGACCUAACCUAUUAUUGCGCCCAUCAGGAGGCUGGCAAACAAUGCUGUCGAUACCCCUGUGACAAGAUCUUCCACUCGUUCACACCGCUGGACCUGCCCGUGGAGCACGAUGAAAUCUGAGCUGUCAUUUCAAACCACCGGCCUCCACACAUCGUCAGAGGGAUAGAAGGAGUUGAGCUAAAUUGAGUUGGCAUGCUUUUGUAGCCGGAAUAGCUUCUCUUUUUCCAAUGACAUUUCUUUUUUUGCUUUGACUACUCUGAUUUGCAAUGCUGUGUCAUUUGCUUGUGUGCAUGUCUUUGCCGCUGUCUGUGGUCC